UGUCUUUAAACGUCCAUUUUUGUGUUUUUUCCUAUUUUCUCCUCUAUUGCUGUGCGAUUGUGGGUGGGAGGGACACAGGACACGCCCACGCACCCCAGGACACGACACGACACGCGGCAGGACACAGAAGACACGGGAAACACGGGUGAAGAAACCAAAACACACACACACACACACACACACACACACACACACACACACACACACACACACACACACACACACACACACGUCACCCUAGCCAGCCAUGGGGGAACCGCCAGGCCUCACUGAUGAAGAGAGAGAGAUCAACAAGCAUAUAUCCACAAUCCUAGGGUGCUCAGUGUACACCCUAUACCAGUGUGAGGACGAGGAGGUGCAGGCGUUCCGGAAGGGUGCGGUGGGUGUGGUGCGGGAGGCUGUUAGGGUGAGGCAGCAGUGUGGCGCACCCUCCCUGGCCACAUACCACCACCCACCACAGCUCCACGCCACAGCCACCCUACCCACUGCUGUCACAAGGAAGCUCAAUGAUGGCUACCUCACUAUCACCCUAAGGAAAGUCACCACCACCACCACCACCACCACUUUGAGGGUUCCCUGGGAUAUCUACCCUGAGGGGGUCGUCGCCUGGGCCCUGAGACGUCUCCCCCCUGCUGCCUCCCCCCCUCCUUCACCCCCCUCCUCACCCUACACCCAGUCCUCACCCCCUUAUGUCCUUAGGGUGAACAAAUCACAAGAGUAUUUAUUAGCAGCUAAACCCAUAACUCAGUAUAAGACCAUCCGCUCGCUCAUCACGCAAGGAAGGACCCCAGACCUCAGCUUGGUGGCAAAGAAAGACUUCUACGCUUCAUUUCACCCAGUGCUGUUUAAAGAUCCCUCCUACACCACCACCACCACCACCACAGUCACCCCUGCCACCCCAGCCGCCCCAGCACCGCCCACUGUCUCCCUGUGGCACCCCAGCUUGGAAGGGAGGCUAAAAGUACAUGUUUUGAAGGCCAGGGGUGUUGGGGUGAAGGAGGGGCAGAAGGUGUUUGUGUGUGCGGGGGUGUACCAUGGCAGCGAGGGGCUCUGUACCACGCAGGAGACAUGUCGCAGUGAGGUGGGGGGGCAGGGGGGGGCUGGCUUGAGAGAGUGGCUGCAGUUUGACCUCCCCAUACAAGAGCUGCCCCGCGGGUCACGCCUCUGCCUUGCCCUUUGGUGUGAGCGAGCCAGCCCCGAGAGGAGGAGGAUCUGGGAGAGGAGUGAGGAGGCCAUGGUGGGCUGGGGGAACAUCAAUCUCUUUGACUUCCGAGGCCGGCUGGUGCACGGCAGGGUGUGUGUGCGGCUCCAGGCUCCCCCCAGGCCACCCACCACAGGCUACACCCCCUCGGACACACAGGACCCCUCCCCCAUCACCCAGGAGACACCCCUCACCACAGCCAGCCUUGCAGAGAUGGCCCAGCGUGACCCCCUCACCCCCCUGCCAGCUGGGGUGAGGGAGGGGGUGUGGGGUGCAAGGCAGGGGUGCAGGGAGGUGCCAGAUUCACUCCCCUGUCUUGUGGAAGCUGUCAAGUGGGCUUCCAGAGAUCAGGUGUCCCAGCUGUACCUCUUAAUGAAGUCAUGGCCCCCCCUGUCCCCCGAGGCGGCCCUGGAGCUGCUGGCCGGACCCUCUGCUGACCCAGUUGUGCGCUGCCUGGCCACCAAACACCUGGACCGCGCCCUGUCAGAUGAUGCCCUAAUGCAGUACAUGCUGCAGCUGGUCCAGAGCUUGAAACACGAACCACACCUAGAGUCCCCACUGGUGUGUGUCUUGCUGCGACGCGCCCUCACCAACGCCACUCUGGGACACACACUCUUCUGGCACCUCAAGGCGGAGUGUGGUGUGUGGGUGCGAGGGGAGGGUGUGCUGGCGGUGGUGGAGGCGUACUGUCGAGGCCUGGGUGUGGCGGGGGCGGCGGGGCUGGCCAGGCAGGUGACGGCUGUGUCCACCAUGGCCUCCCUGGCACACUGCAUCAGAGAGGGGGCCGACGGGGGGAAGAAAACGGAAUAUUUCAAGGAGAGACUGAAGGAGGCAGAGUUCUCCCACCCUCUACAGCACCUCCCCUCACCCCUUCACCCUGGCAUCACCCUGGGGCGGCUCAGGGUGUCCGAGUGCAGGGUGAUUGAGUCCGCCAGGUGCCCCCUCCUCCUGGCCUGGGACGCCCCCUCGGACAGCACCCCUCACCCCCCUGCCAUUAUCUUCAAGUGUGGCGAUGAUCUCCGUCAAGACAUGCUGUGCCUCCAAAUUUUGACUCUAAUGGCCCGUCUGUGGUCUGAGGAGGGGCUGGAGCUUCCCCUGGUGCCCUACCGAUGCCAGGCCACCACCAGAGACCAGGGGCUGAUAGAGGUGGUCCCCGGGGCGGCCACUGUGUACGGCAUUCAGCGUGUGUCUACCCUGGGGGCCAUCCAGGUGGAUUCCUCACAGCUGUACAAGUGGAUCAAGGAGAAGAACUGUACUGAGAGCAAACUACAGCAAGCAAUAGACAACUUCACCAAGUCAUGUGCUGCGUACUGUGUGGCAACCUUCGUGCUGGGGAUUGGAGACCGACACCCCAGCAACAUAAUGGUGAACAGGGACGGCAUGAUCUUUCACAUAGACUUUGGACACAUUUUGGGCAAUUUUAAGAAGAAGUUUGGAAUUCCGAGAGAGAGGGCACCCUUUGUCCUAACCUCCGACUUCCUGCUGGUGAUUGCCAAGGGCGCGGAGAACCCCAAGGACAGCCAGGAAUUCCAGAAGUUCCAGCAGUUGUGUGGCAAGGCGUAUCUCGCACUGCGCCACCACUACCGCUUGUUGGCCGUUCUGUUCCGCCACCUCCUCAACACUGGUAUGCCGGAAGUACAGAGUGUGGCAGACGUGGCGUACCUGAGGAAGACAUUAGCGGUGGGCGUGUCUGAAGAGGAGGCGCUGCGGUAUUUUCAGAACCGGUUCCACGAGGCCUAUGAUGGAGCCUGGACCACCAAACUCGACUGGUUCUUCCACUGUGUCCGCCACCGGUAACCCUUUGUUUGUCGGGUCCGAGAGGGUUCUUAAAGGGUUAUGAUGGUUUAUAAAGGGUUCUGAUGCUUUAUAAAGGGUUUUGAUGCUUUAUAAAGGGUUUUGAUGCUUUAUAAAGGGUUUUGAAAAUUUAUAAAGGGUUUUGAAAAUUUAUAAAGGGUUCUGAUGCUUUAUAAACGGUUUUGAAAAUUUAUAAAGGGUUCUGAUGCUUUAUAAAGGGUUCUGAUGCUUUAUAAAGGGUUUUGAAAAUUUAUAAAGGGUUCUGAUGCUUUAUUUUAAAGGGUUUUGAAAAUUUAUAAAGGGUUUUGCUACUUUAUAAAGGGUUCUGAGACUUUAUAAAGAGUUUUGGUACUUUAUAAAGGGUUCUGAUGCUUUAUAAAGGGUUGUGAUGCUUUAUGAAGGGUUCUGACACUUUAUAAAGGGUUUUUGAUACUUUAUAAAGGGUUCUGAUUCUUUAUAAAGGGUUCUGCCAGUUUACAACGGGUUGUGAGACUUUAUAAAGGGUUCUGCCACUUUAUAAAGGGUUCUGAUGCUUUAUAAAGGGUUUUGCCACUGUCAGCCACCGGUAAUUCUUUGUGUGUGUGGGAUUUGAGAGGGUUCAUUUAGGGUUGUGACACUUUAUAAAGGGUUCUGACACUAUAAAGGGUUUUGAUACUUUUUAAAGGUUUAUAAAGAUUUGCAUUCGUUAUAUAGUGUUGGAUUUGCUAUAUGUAGGAUUGGAUUCGGUUUUAUAAAGGAUUGGAUUUGAUAUAUCCCCUUUAUACAGGCUGAAGCACCCUUUAUACCGGUUUCAACAUCCUUUAUACAGAUUCAGAUUCCUUUUUGUAGGUUCAGAUUCCUUUAUACAGGAUCAAACACCAUUUUAUACAGUAUUACUCAAAUUAUCACCACAAAGGCCUCUAUUUUUUUACUUAUAGGCCUUUUUAUUAUCUUUAACACUCCAUUGCUUUUAAAACGUGACUAGGCCUAAUUUCUAUAUAGGCCGUGUAGUUAAAUGCGGUAGGCUGUGCUAGAUUAUUUGUAUAUAGGCUGUUUCAAAGAUUUCUAGGCCUAUAGGAAUCUUAUAGGCUUGAAAAAUUGUACAUAAACUGAUAUUCUAUUUUUUGAUAUGACGAGGCCUAUAUAUUUUUGUAUAGGCUGUUUUUUUCAGUAUUUCCAAGUAUUACAUAGGCCUAUAGUGUUUGUAUAUAUGUGUUUUUGUAUUUUGAGACAUGAAGCCUAUUUUUUCUGUGUUUCCAGAUAGUGUUAGGCCUAUGGGACUCUCGUAGACCUAUGUUUUAUGUGUAUAAGCUGUUUUAGGGUUUUGCUAUAUUUCUGUAGGCCUAAAAGAUCAUAUAGGCUGUAUUUUGAGUUUCUUCUUCUUCUUCUUCUUCUUAUUCUUAUUAUUAUUAUUAUUAUUAUUUAUUAUUGUGGCUAAAAAUUGUACAUAGGCCUAUUUUAGUGUGUUUAUAAUAUUCCUGUAUUUUUUAGACCUAUGGAGAGCUGUGACCCUUAGAAAUACAGCCUCUCUCUCUCUCUCUCUCUCUCUCUCUCUCUCUCUCUCUCUCUCUCUCUCUCUCU